AUGGCAUCCAACACAUUUUCGAGCUGUCUACUUGAUACAAGCUUUGAUCUCGAUGAGGCUCUAACUUUGCCUGAGAAUUUUAGCCAACAAAUCACACAUUCAAACUCGCUCCUAGCUGAUAUUCCAACGGUACUUAUUACAGGUGAUGUUGUUUGCGCAGUUUGCAUGGAGGGUUUCCGAUCAGGUAUAGGUGGAAAAAAGGUCCCAUGUGGGCAUGUCUACCAUGAAGCUUGCAUCUCUUCCUGGCUCUCUCACUGCAACUCUUGCCCUCUCUGCCGCUGUGAAAUCUCCAGCUAG